CCUUAAAGCUGGUUUGCCAAACGCUAUUCAAACAACAGUAGAAGAAGAGGACGAAGAAGAAACAUGCUUAGCAUACAUGUGCAGAACUUUGGCUAAGCGUGCCUGUAUUUGAUAUAUUUUAGCUCGCUGCGGUUGUUCGAAAUGAGUUUAUCGUUAAGGGCCGAGCUAUCUGCUGACAAGAAUAAAAAAAAGAAUAGAGAACUAACCGAUGAACAGAAAGAUGAGAUUAAAGAAGCAUUUGAACUCUUUGACACCGAUAAGGAUAAAGAAAUAGACUAUCAUGAACUGAAGGUGGCAAUGAGAGCUCUUGGUUUUGAGGUGAAGAAAAUUGAUGUAAUGACUAUCUUGAAAGACUUUGACUGUGGAGGCACUGGAAAAAUAACUUAUGAAAUUUUCAAAGAAGUUGUGACUGAUCGGAUUUUGGCUCGGGAUCCAAAAGAAGAGGUUCUGAAGGCAUUUAGGCUGUUUGAUGAUGAUGACUCUGGAAAAAUCAGCCUGAAGAACCUGCGGCGUGUCGCCAGAGAGCUUGGAGAAGACAUGAGUGAUGAAGAGCUGAGGGCUAUGAUUGAUGAGUUUGACACUGAUGGAGAUGGAGAGAUUGGUCAAGAGGAGUUCCUUUCUAUUAUGACCGGAGACCCCUGAAUUGUACAGCAUGAAAAAACUCACCUAAUAUACAAUUGCAUAUUGACCACAGCAAUAAUAUGGUGGUCAAUAUUAUAUUCACUAUUGUGUAAACCAUGCAAAGCCGCAAUUUGCAUUUGCACUAGUGGGAAACUAGAUUACUGUUUUGAAAGAUAUUAUUAUAAUAUUAAAUUGUAUACAUUCUUAAGCAUUGAGUAAUGACUAUAAUUCACUGAAUAGGUACUGAUGAAUAAUAACUGCAUAAUUAAAAAUAAUUUCUGUAGGUUGGUACAUUGCUAUUUAAGUUAAAUAACUAACAUGCAUAUACACAUCUAGUUAUAAAGGAGAGACUAUAUAGAAAUAAAUAGGGCAAACUUAGUUUUUACCUUUUAGGCUAAGUGGGUGAUGAUGGUUUGAAACAAAGACACAUGAAAUUAGAAAGAGAAGAACAGGGUAAUAGUGUGGUUCCCUGAGACCUCUCUACUGAGAUGCGAACUGGUAAUCCCUCUGCCUCCACAGGGUAUUCCCUAGGUAUUGCUUUAGCCAAUCACAUGAUGUAAAAUGAAAGCAGGAUUACAACUUGAUGCACAUCCGAUUAUUAAAUGGUUUGAAUAAUUUUCCUCAAAGAA